AUGUCGAGUAUGGGUUCCAUGUCCAUGGUCUUUACUACCGCCCACAACACUCCUCUCUACUCAGGGGCUUGGACCCCCACCUCCACUGGCGCGUAUGCUGGCACUUGCAUCUUCCUCAUCGUCUUGGCCAUACUGUCCCGCUUACUGCAAGCCUGGAGACAUACGCUUGAGCAAAAGUUUCAUGAUAGGGCGAUGAAGCGUCGCUACGUUGUCGUCAGAGGCGAGCAAGAAGGCGAGCAAGAUGGCGACCAAUUGUCUGGCGAGUCAGAGGCGGCCAAGGAGAAGUUGGAACAACAAGCUAUCUUGACGUCCCGUGGCCUCGACGAGAAAGUCCGCAUCAUUACAGCACAUUCAAGAAGCAAAGAAACCACUCCAUGGCGAAUCAGUACCGACGUGCCGAGAGCUUGCGUCUACACCCUCCAGGCUGGACUUGGUUACCUGCUCAUGUUAGCAGUCAUGACCUUGAACGUCGGAUACUUCUUGUCUGUCCUCGCGGGUCUCUUUGUGGGUGAAUUGGCUAUUGGAAGAUACGCCUCUCCGGUCGAGGAUCAUCACUAG